ACGAUAUUUGAGAUACCAAUCUGCAAGUUGUCAUUUUUGCGAUUCCCGUAUGAGUGACGAAAUUUUGGGUCGAGAGCUCUAUGAAUUGAAAAGGGCAACCUGGGAAACACAGCGUAUUCGGAUGCUAAGCAUUUGAACGGCGAAGAACUGCGAUAGAUAAGGGGGGCAUGAGUGUGCGUGUGCGUGUGCGUGUGCGUCACGGUGUGAGGGUAAUUAAAGUUAUAAAUAGGUGACUCUGACUAGGGUUUACUCUCUCUUUCGCCACUCUUCAAUCUUGAAGACGUUAAACCAUUCAUUUUCUAACUAUGCGCCGAUUGCAAAAAUCCAAGAGAGUUUCAUGGGCCUCCGAUUUAGAUCUUUGUCAGGUUCGGUUAUUCUUAUCAGAGGAAUCCCCCUCGCAAGUCGGGAUAAGUUCUCAAGAUCACCUUCAAGCCAAGACGUCAUUGCUGUUACAUCCAGGUGGAGCAGGUUCUGAUGACAUUUUGCCUCCUGGGUUUGAGGGAACUCAUGCUUCAAGUCAGUUCGAGAUCAAACUAUCCCAAAUACCAGUUAUUAAGUGGAUUAUUCCGCCAAAGAUUGUUCUAAAUCUGACAUGGCGAGUAGUGGCUGGGGAAGAAAGCAACGAGGUAGAGGAUCAACGUCAAAGGGAGAUGAGAGUACUUGAAGCUAUUUAUCCUCGCAUAUCUUCCAUUCCUCCAAAUCCCUCUGUUUCGAUUGAUGUUGAAGAUUCCCAUUACAUUGAUAGUCAAACUGCUUUGAUACCAAUUACCCCUAUUGAAGAUGAAGAUGCUGCAGCAGAAGCAUUGUCAGCUUCCUCGGUGUCUUCCCAGUCUCUUGAAUUAGCUCAUGGUAUAUUGAAGGAUUCAAACUCAGCUAUAAAUAUGCAGUUAGCUCAUGAUCAUGGAUCUGAUGUAGCUGCUGCAUCUGCAGCUUUAACUAACAUAGUAAAGAGCAAUGAACAUGGAAAUUUAAUUGAUCAUGAGUUGCUUAAUAAUAUUCUCAACAAUCCAGAAGUGAUUGAGAAGUUGGUUAAAGACUAUGGAGCUACAAACAAUUCACAAUAUGUACAUAACGUGGGCUCAUCCUCAGUGGCUUUUUCAAAUCCUCCUAAUUCUAUUAAUCAAGGAGAAACUGUGGUACCUUCAUCAAUUCUUUUUUCAGGCACUUCUUCCUAUGCUCCUGCAACGGCAGGUCAGGUGACACCUGUUUCUACCCAAUGGCUUCCUAGGCCUGCAGUGAGUUCAGCUAAUGUUUCUUCUCCAGUUGAGGUUCCUUCAACAAAGGAUGUGAACUACUAUAAGAGCUUAAUUCAACAACAUGGUGGAGAAAAACUAGAAAAAAAUUCAUAUUCCAGUAACCGCCAGAGUCAUCCGCCAGCAACAAACUAUGAGACAACAUAUAAUCAAAGAGCAAAAGUGUUAAAAUCAAAGAUAAUGAAGCCUUGUAUCUUUUUCAACAGCUCUAGAGGAUGCCGAAAUGGAGAUAACUGUGCAUACCAGCAUGAUGCAUCAUUUCAGCCACGCGGUAAUUCUGUGUCAGGGAUACAAAAUUCAAAGAGGAUGAAAAUGGAUAACGAGAUUAGCAGUUAAGUAAACUAUGUUCGCUGGUGGGUGUUGAUUGCCAUUUAUUUUGAUGGGGAGAGUUGACUGCAGAUCCAUAUCACAUGCGGAUGAAGAGGUUAAGUUAGCAUUUAAAUGGAUGAGUGAUUGUGAGCCUAAUUUUUUUUUUUCAGUUUUUAAUGUUAAAUUUAUCUUUUUUAAAAUGAAAGGCUCCUUUUCAUUUUCUUCCUUAACUGAGAAAAUGUUAAAAUUGAUGCUUUUUUGGGUCAAUCUUUAUAAUUGUAUUAUAAGUGGAGAUCAAUCUUCCUUAGCUGAAUGAUGCAUUAGUUAUCUUUUUUU